CUACCGAUUUAUCGGACUUCUGCCCAGACUCUGAAAUGCCAACUAUGUGGAGGCCAGCAGUGGAUGUCAAGGGUGGUACCAUCUCUGGAAAGGAGGAUGCCAACCAGGAGAUGAACUCUCUGGCCUACUCUAACCUCGGGGUGAACGAUCGCAAGGCAGUGACCGUCCUGUACUACCUCGGGGUCACCUCAAAUGGAGCCAAAGCCAGUGGAGUGCCCACUAGCCCCUCUGGAUCAUCAUCUCCAGCAGGCUCUCCUGCCACCCCUUCUACCCAACCCCCAUCCUUCAACCUGCACCCCACCCCUCACCUGCUGGCCAGUAUGCAGCCUCAGAAGCUUAAUAGCCAGUACCAAGGGGCUGCAGUGAUUGCUGCUCCUGCCCUUACUGCACCAAGCCAACCAGGAGAGGAUGAACCCCUGCUAAACUGGGGCACUGGGAUCCAGGCAGGAGAAGGGGGAUCACCCGGAUCAGUCUCUCCUGCUGAUGCCCAGAGCCCUGCUAUCAUUGAUUCUGACCCAGUGGAUGAGGAGGUGCUGAUGUCUCUGGUGGUAGAAUUGGGGCUAGACCGAGCCAAUGAGCUUCCUGAGCUGUGUGGCUAGAGCAGAAUGAGUUUGAUUUCACUGCAGAUUUUCCCUCCGGCUGCUGAUGCCAAGUGCCCCUAAAAAAAUGAGGGGGAAAAAAAGAGUCAGCAAUUCUGUUGUAAAUAAAAGUUAACUUGCAAAGAAAAAAAAUA